CACCUAAUUUGCAUACUGUAGAAGUAUGCAUUGUUAUCAGAAUGUUUGAGGAUUCUACAUUGACAUCACUCGGAACAUGUUCCCAUAUAAGCUAGAGAUUUCAGACCCAGUCAGUCAUACAAACAUUGAGAGUAACUACUCAGUUUGGUUUACAAUUUUGUGACAAUUUAGUUGUUGUUUUUUCAGAUAAUUAUGGAAAUUUGCGAUACUUUGAAAAUGUUCCUACAACGGUGCAGGGUGAAGAUGACCUGCAGUGAAGACAUUGAUCUACCAGAGAGCUACAGUGAACAAAGUAGCUACAGUAGACAGACCAGCAGCGAGACCACGAGACAGACCAGCAUACAGAACAGCAGUAAGGCCAGGAUCUCGGACAUUGAGACAGCGGAAAGGGCUUAUUUGGCUUCACUAAUUCAACACGCAGAGAAACUGUGUGCCUCACAGAAAGCCCGCAACGACACGGUUCUGGAGAGACUGGGACUCUCACUCCAGCAGGACACCUUCCCUCCACCUCAGCCCACAGCUUUCCUCAGCAGGGAACCCCAAUCCUCUGUGCGUGGAAGGAGGAUCAGGCCCAUUGUAGAUGUGGAGGACUCUAUCUUUGCCUGUGAGGAGGCUAAAUUGUCAGAGGACAUCUCCUUUGACACUCAAACUCCUGCUGAGCUGACACCAAAUUUCAGAGAUUUCACGCCAAAUCCUCCUCCUCCUCGGGCACCGACCAGGAGACCACCUCGUAUCCCAGUGAUGACUGUGAAACCUGGUGGAGUAGGCAAGAAAGUAGCUGGUGGAUACAAGCUCCAGUCAGUUAAAUCUCAGAUGGAUGACAUGUUCAAGACAUUGGAGAAGAUCCAGCACAUCCGCCAUGCUACACAUCAACCACCAGGACCUCCAUCGACAGCUACACCAUCCAACAGGAAAGGACUUCAUUGUGGGACCCCGGAGGUGGCACCUAAGGUUCCGACACCUCCGUCGAAACCAGCCCUGCCCACCAGAAAAGGACCUCACCGUGGAACAAAACUCUGCCCCCAAAGAGCGGUUGUGCAUCAGGUUGACCUCCAGCCUUUGGCUAACCCUGAGGAGACCCUGUCUUUCUGCUUUAAGCAGCUGGCCUCAGAGGACUGGGAGAAGAAGAUGGAUGGAUUGAAAUCUGUUCAAGCUCUUGCGCGACACCACUCAGGACUGCUGCAGACCAAACUGCAUGAAGUCUGCCUGGUCCUCGCUGAAGAGGUGAAUAACCUGCGCUCGUCUGUGUCCGGUGCUGCAAUGGAGACUGUCAGAGAGCUCCAUGUUCAGCUGGGGAGAGCCAUGGACUCCAUGGUGGAGAGGACAGGCCGGGUCCUGCUGCUGAAGCUGGCAGGGACAACAAGCGCCUUCAUUCACCAGCAGGCUAACCUCGCCCUGGAUGCCCUGGUGGAGGGCUGCAGCCCCGGAAGGAUCUCGGGUGUUCUCGUCAACACAGGGCUAAACCAUUGUUGUGCUGCAGUGAGAGCCAGCACUGCAUUGCACCUACAGCAGCUGGCAGACAUCAUAGGAAUGGACCACAUCUUGAAAGCAGGGAAGACUUUCACAGAGCGUUUCCUUUUUGCAGUCAGUAAGAUGGCGGUGGAUGCCGCACCAGAAGUCAGGUGAGUUACCAAGUCUUGCAUGAUUUUAUAGUUUCUGGUUUCUGUCUUACUCAGAAUUGCCAGGAUCUUGUGCUUGUACUUUAAAU